AGGGUGAGACCCACCUCAGAAGAGGGAUUUGCAUUAUGAGGCUUUCCUGUUACCUGAGGUUUUCUGCAACAUUCUGUCUCUUGGCCACUUGUCUGUUUUUGUUCAUACUGGUCAAUGGCCCUAGUUUAAGGGUCUACAUGCCAACCAUGGAGAGUGUUGAUGGUCUGGCAGAGUUGCUGAGGUGUGAGAAGAUGAGGGACAACAGGGAUGGACACUUUGGGUCCAGGGUGCUCACCACUGUUAACAAGGACAGGUCUGAGGGCCAGUCUGCAGCCAUCUUGAAACACCUCAGUGGCAAAGCCAGGAUGUUGGUGAGCAGAGGGAAAGAGGACUGGAUGAAAGGGAGUAGUGCCAUUGAUGGCUACCAUACUGUGGCCUUGGAAAAUCAGACCUACAUUGAGGUGCAAUGUUACCCACUCAUGAGCAUCCUCAGGGCAGCUGGUCUGACUAACUUGGAUGUACUCUGCUUGGAUGUCCAAGGUGCUGAGCUUGAUAUAUUGAAGUCAUUGUCCUGGGACCAAGUGAACAUUACAUUGUUGGUGUUGGAGGAUGACCAUGUGGACAUGAAUAAAAGGAUCCAGAAACACAAUGACACAACAUCUUACUUGCAGUCAUUUGGGUACAAAUUUGUUGACAGAGUGGCUCAAGAUUACUUUUACUUGAAGAAAAACUGAUGGUUUACAUUUUCAUGUGUGUGUGUGUUAUGCUGUGUCUGUGAAAUGCAGUCCAGGGGGUGACACCUGGUUGAAGCAAGUGUAACAUUGAGAAUGUAUCUUCUUAGUCAGCCAGGGGAAUGGAA